GGAGGCGCGGUUCCGAUCCAAGAUGGCGGCGGGGCAGAGCGGAGUGGCGGGUCGCGGAGGCGGCGAGAACCGGCUGGUCUCGUUGCCCUUGUCUCGGAUCCGCGUGAUCAUGAAGAGCUCGCCCGAAGUGUCCAGCAUCAACCCGGACGCCAUCUUCCUCACCGCCAAGGCCACGGAGCUGUUCGUCCAGUACUUAGCCACAUACUCCUACAAACACGGCCAGGGCAAGGAGAGCAAGGCCUUAACCUACAGCGACCUGUCCCACACGGCAGAGAAAUCGGAGACCUUUCAGUUCCUGGCAGAUAUCCUACCAAAGAAGAUCUUAGCAAGUACAUACCUUAAAAUGCUUGAGAAGGAAAAGAAAGGAGAACAAGAGGAGGAGGAGGAGGAUGAAGAAGAGGAGGAUGAAAGUAGUGAAGAUGAAAGUGAAGACGAAGACACGUCUUGAACGUGAGAAGUGAUGCUGUUCAUCCCAGGUUGUUUCAUAAACAUUUUGA